UGCCUCAGCGCCCUCCUUCCGCCUGCCCCCGGCACCACCUGCUGCAGAGCCGCCCCGGGCUGCGAUGCUGCCGCCCAGGAGGCGGCUGGAAGCCCCGGCGGGGCUGGGGGCGCGGCGAGCGGGAUCCCCCGCCUGGGGGCCGCGGCGGCCAUAAAGGGCCGGGGAAGGGGAGGCGCGGCAGUGGCCCUGGCACUGCGGUAGCGGGGCGGCCGGCGGAUGAAUGCGCAGAGGGGAGCGGCGGCAUCUGGCAGGAGCAGCUCCUCCCUCCUCUGCCGGCGGCUUUUGACUGAGUCUUCCUAGCCGGUGGGAGCGCCCGUGGUGGGGCCCGGCCCUGACCCAGAAUGACUCUCCCCGGGGCGCUAGCCGAGAUGCCCAGACAGUUUCCAAAGCUGAACAUCUCUGAGGUUGAUGAGCACGUGCGACUUCUAGCAGAGAAGGUAUUUGCUAAAGUUCUCCGAGAAGAAGACAGCAAAGAUGCCUUGUCACUAUUCACUGUGCCUGAAGACUGCCCUAUUGGGCAGAAAGAGGCUAAGGAAAGGGAACUGCAGAAGGAACUGGCAGAACAACAGUCUGUGGAAACAGCUAAAAGGAAGAAAAGUUUCAAGAUGAUUCGAUCCCAGUCUUUGUCAUUACAAAUUCCAUCUCAGGAAUGGAAAGCACCAGCCAAUCCUAUUCUGUCUCCUGCAACACCAGUUCUUCCAAAUGCUUUUCUGCCAGUCCAAGUGCCAUAUGAUGUACCAGAGUUUCAGAGAGUUUCAAUUAGUGGGGACUACUGUGCAGGGGUUACAGUUGAUGAUUAUGAACAAGCUGCCAAAAGCCUUGUGAAAGCUCUUCUUAUUCGAGAAAAGUAUUCACGUCUUGCCUACCAUCGCUUCCCAAGAACAACAUCUCAGUAUUUGUGUAGCAUGCAAGAUGAAAAAUGGAAGGUUGAAGAUGAAGUGUAUCCAGAUUUCCAUUCACCCCCAGAAGAAAAUGAAGAUCCUUACGAUCUUGAUGAUGCUCCAGACAAUUUGGAUUAUGUUAUUAAGAUAAAAGGUGGCAUUCCCUUUGUUUAUGAUAACAAAGAAAUGAUGGAACUCAAUGAGCCUCGGAGUCUGCCAUAUCCUGACCUGGAGACUUAUACCCUUGACCUGAGCCAUGUUCUUGCUCUAAUUGCAGAUGGUCCAACAAAAACAUAUUGUCAUCGGAGGCUUAACUUUUUAGAGUCUAAAUUUAGUUUACAUGAGAUGUUAAAUGAAAUGUCGGAAUUUAAAGAACUAAAGAGUAAUCCCCAUCGAGACUUUUAUAAUGUGAGAAAGGUUGAUACUCAUAUCCAUGCUGCUGCUUGCAUGAACCAGAAACACUUAUUGAGGUUUAUUAAGCACACGUAUCAAACGGAGCCCGACAGGAUUGUUGCAGAGAAAAAAGGCAAGAAGAUGACUUUAAAGCAAAUCUUUGAAAGCCUUCACAUGGACCCUUAUGACCUCACUGUAGACUCUUUAGAUGUCCAUGCAGGUCGUCAAACAUUUCAUCGAUUUGACAAAUUCAAUUCCAAGUACAAUCCAGUUGGUGCCAGUGAGCUGAGGGACUUGUAUUUAAAAACUGAGAAUUACAUUGGUGGUGAAUAUUUUGCUCGUAUGGUCAAGGAAGUAGCCCGUGAACUAGAAGAAAGUAAGUACCAGUAUACAGAACCCCGCUUAUCCAUUUAUGGACGGUCUCCAGAUGAGUGGCUGAACUUGGCAAAAUGGUUCAUUAAGCAUAAAGUUUAUUCCCCUAAUAUGCGCUGGAUAAUUCAGGUUCCCAGAAUCUAUGACAUAUUCAGGUCAAAAAAUAUUCUGCCUAGUUUUGGGAAGAUGUUGGAGAACAUCUUUGUACCUUUGUUUGAAGCAACAAUCAAUCCCAAAGACCACAAAGAAUUGCACCUUUUCCUCAAAUAUGUGACUGGCUUUGACAGUGUUGAUGAUGAGUCCAAACAUAGUGGCCAUAUGUUCUCUGACAAGAGCCUUAACCCUGACCUCUGGACCAGUGAGAAGAACCCCCCGUAUAGCUAUUAUUUGUAUUAUAUGUAUGCGAACAUCAUGUUGCUAAACAACCUUAGGAGGGAAAGAGGCAUGUGUACUUUUCUGUUUCGACCUCACUGUGGAGAAGCUGGGUCUAUCACACACCUUGUAUCAGCCUUUCUGACAGCAGACAACAUUUCUCACGGAUUGCUCUUGAAAAAGAGUCCUGUCCUCCAGUAUCUUUAUUAUCUUGCACAAAUACCCAUUGCUAUGUCUCCACUUAGUAACAACAGCCUAUUCCUGGAGUACUCAAAAAAUCCUCUACGGGAAUUUCUACAUAAGGGGCUUCAUGUCUCUCUCUCCACAGAUGAUCCUAUGCAGUUUCAUUAUACAAAGGAAGCUCUCAUGGAAGAAUAUGCUAUAGCAGCCCAGGUGUGGAAGCUAAGUACCUGUGACUUGUGUGAAAUAGCAAGAAACAGCGUACUGCAGAGUGGACUGUCAGAUAAGGAAAAACAGAAAUUCUUAGGGGUGAAUUACUGUAAAGAAGGGCCUGAGGGAAACGACAUUCGAAAGACAAACGUUGCGCAGAUCCGGAUGGCCUUCAGGUACGAGACACUCUGCAAUGAACUUAGUUUCCUGUCUGAUGCCAUGAGAACAGAAGAGAUUUCUACUCUGUCGAAGUAGUCACAAAUGCAAAGAAACCAGAACAUUUCACUCCUAUACAGGAUAACAUGCUAAUUAACAUUGAAUCAUCUGUCUUUGAUGCUACCAAGACAUAACUGAACAGAACAGAGAAAAAACGAGUAUCUAUGGAAGGUAAACAGUGUUUGCUGUUAUCUCUUACUGUGUUAUUCUCAUUGCAAAAAUUUCAGUUUGUACAAACAUUAGGCUUUUAAGAUUGCUGUAAAUAUUAAAUGCAAACUCAGAAUCAUGUAAUAUUUGUUUCAUGCUGUCUUAACUGUGCACUAUAUUGUAGCUUGGAGAACAACAGAGACUAUUUGUAGCGCAUCUGGGCUAUGCGCCCUAGGAUUCUGCAGGUGCUGACAGUACACGUGCACCUGUUUUUGUCCUGUUAGUCUCAGCAGCAAUCAUAGCAUUUAGCACCUGUAAGUGUAACCCUUGAUUCAUUAGCAGUUCUUAUGGGGUGCCUAAUUCUGAGGCCACCCUUUCAUUCAGGAGGGUGUUCUGACACAGUUUUUAUCUUAAUGUUUCAGCAGUUUUACUGGAAAACAAGAAAACCCCAAAGCUGGUAGUCUUGUUUAAUGAUUAAUUACUUCCUGUUGUCAUGUAGGAUGUCUGUGAACAGCAGAUUAAUGCUUUUUAAUCUCAUAAGUAGAAAACAUGGUGUCAAAAUCAUCACUACUGUACAUUGUAAUAAUGACUCUAGUUAUAUCAUGAAAACUUUGCCUUGAAAGUUGAGAACACUUUUUUAUUGCUUUGUAAUGGGAAUAUGUGGAUAUGCCAGUUCAAAUUACUUGGAAAUCUACGCAGGUACUUUUGGUUGCAUGUAAAGAGAAAUUUUUUUACUUGCACAAAGGAAGUAUUCUUAUGAAUCAGUGGUAGAAACUCCAGACCUGGGUUCUGGUCCUACUUCUGACACCUUUUUACACAUUUGUGUUAGUUUGUAUUUUCAUCAAUUAGAGUUGAAUCAGAAGUCAAACUGUAUAUUUACACAGAAGCUACCCCACUUGAAAUAUGUCAUUUCAAAUCAUGUUAUGUUAAACUUCUUAUCUAUGAUGGGGUGGCUAGUAAAAUACAGCUACUGGAAUAUUUAUCACUUUCAAUGUUUCUUCUAUUUGAUCAUCCUUCUUACUCAUUCAGAAAGGAUUAAAGGUAAUAACGUGACAGCAUCUAUGUGUUGUAGAAGCUGCACGAGUUUCACACCAAGACUCGAGGCUAGGGGCAGCAGACAAUGUUGAUGCCUGUAAGUCCAACAUUACUACUUAAUUUGAAGGCCAGGAGCCCCUAAGCUAGGAUCUUGAGGCUAUGGUUAGAGACCUGGGUAUCGAAUACAGUACAGAGGGAGGUUAUGCAUCUUAGAACAGUAAUUUGGAGUUAAUGCAUAAAAAGCCCAGAAUCGAUACUAGCCAAUCAAGCCUCACCAGAUCUAGAACCCUGCAUGUUUUACUACAUCAGACCUCUUAUGCCACUUAUAUUUCUUAGGCCAGGCCCUUUUCCCAGGGCUUGGGCACCUCCAUCCUCCCUUCCAAGAGCUGACCAAGUCUCACUUUCCCUUGUAAAUGUGGCCAAAAGUAGCAGCAGUGACAUCACCAGUACCAAACAACUCGCUAAUGGCAUAAAUAUAUGUAUGUGUUGAAGACAUACACUCUCUCCUCAGGCUGUGGCAGUUAAAGCAACACCUGCAAGGACACAUUUUUAAUGUACCCGCUGUCCUGAAUGGCACCAAAGUAAGGGAAGGACGAAUCCCCUGUUGCCUCCUAUAGCUGUGCAGCCUUAUGAGAGCCCCAUAAAGAGGUUAAACGUAAAGACCCUUAGGAAGCAGCCUGGAAGCUAGGCUGCUCUGAGGGAGACGGAGGCACAGGAGCAGAGUUCUGGCCAUCCAGUCACCAUUACAGUUAGCCAGUGUCACACAUAGGGUGCUGCACUGAUUGCAGACCUUCAUCCCAAACACAGCUGCGGACGGGGGUGGGAGACUUGACCUUAACUGCUCUGUGACCUACCCUGAUAGCUGCACUGUUCAACUAGUGCCAGAUUUUGUAUCGUGUGAACCCAUGCUACACUGUCAACUGUGUGAUAAUAAAAUUGUCUGAAGCUCUUCGGCAACAAUGUCUGUUAGCCUCACUGUUAGAAACUGGCAGCACCUCAUAUAAUGCAUUAGCAGGAUUGGUGAGUGCAGUUUUCUUAGGCUGAAGUCUGGGAACAGUGGUUCAAGCAUUUUAGCUGCAUAAAACGCAGAAAUCAUUUUCAUUAGUAUGACUUACUAAUAAAUUGUUAUCAAGAUAACAUUAUUUACCUGAGAAAGGCAUCUGCAUCCAGGCUAAAUAAGCAACACACUUGGUUUGAAGAAUUUACAUUGUAAGUAUUUUCCGUAAACAUUGCUUUACUUGGGCUUUUUCACCUGAAGAUUGCUGUUAGUGCUGCUUUUCUUGUCACUGGUAUUUCUUAUUUAAUUUUCUUAGUAUUAUACAUGAAUUUGGUAUGUUUAAUACCUUUUCGGCUUUCCUUACCUCAAACACACAGGUUCUAAGAAGUCUGUAGCUCUUACUAAAGAAAAAAAAACAACUGGAUUUGAAUAUUCAGUUCAUGGACAGUACCUGGGAUUUUUGACAGUAAUAACACACAAGUGGCCAUGACCACAAGUUCUGCUCUCUGUGCUUCCUCAUAUGCUGCUUUUAUGGAUAAAUUGGGCUAAAAGUGUUUUAUGUAGGGAAACAAACUAACAUCCUUUCAAGCUUCCACUACCACAUCUCUUUUGGUCAUCUUUUUAGUUAGGCAAAAAAAGUUACUGAUUCUCUAGUUCAGUUUUUAAACUGCAGCUUCCUUUUUUAAAAGUUGCACUUUUGUUCUAAUGGAUGGCCGUUCAAAAUAACCUUGCACUCUUAGGCUAUGUAUGUAACAAAGGGCAGAUCCAGUGCUGAAGUGUUACUGACAUCUGAGCUACUGUUGUACACGUUUACUCAAAUGCAAGACAGGGCAGUUGCUGAGUCUCCCCUGCCAGUGUUGGGAUCAAACCUGGUUACACCACAGCUGAUGGUUUACUCAAACAUGAAGGGACAAGAACAACAUCAUUGUAGGUGUUGCUUCAGAACAGGAGACUAUCGUAUUUUCUCAUCAUUUCACUGGUGUUAAGGGUCAAAUGUUAUUCAAGACUUCCUUAAAUCUGUUAGCUCAGAGCAUUUUAUACUUUCACCUAAAAUGGUUAAUUAGGGUUAUUGGAUGUUUACACCACAUCUAGCUGAACAAGUUCUCGUGACACUCUUCCAUUCUGUUCUGUUACUUUAGGAGACUUAAGGCAUUUGCUCUGCCACUUUUCUUCUCACCCCAGAGCUACCUUAUCUUCUCCUGUCAUUGUUCUUUACUUGUGGCUAAACCUUUCUGUUCUGUUUGCCUAGCUGAAAUCUAAGUCUGAAAAAGGUGGGUGGAGGGAUGUCUGUAAAGCCUGCUUUUCCUUCUGUGCCUGGGUUAAAUGAUGUUUAUCCUUUGCCUCUUUGUGGAAGCAUUAAACACUGCACUAACAAAUAAACGAUAAAAGAAUACA